AUGAAGCUCCUCGCGAUUCUCACGCUGGCCGCUGCCGCCGCCGCCGCCGCCACCGGCACAAAUGCGGCCUUCAGACAGAGAUACGCCGCGGUCGACAUGUCGCCAGCCGUCGGGGGCGCCGGUAUCGUUCCGCGCUUCUUCAUCGACGCACCGCGGCUCGCUGUCCGCGACGGCGGUAUAUGUAACCCGAACUUUCAUUCCUGCGUCGACAUAGGCCACCCAGAAACCUGCUGCGCAAACACAAACUACUGCUACGUGAAACCCGACAACUCACCAUGGUGCUGCCCCCUCGGCUCCCUCUGCGACUCAAACUGCCCCGCGACAGCCUACCAAUGCCCAACAACGAUAACCGUAACCGCCACCGUCUCGCGGACCACGAGCGCCGCCUCCGCCCUCCUGACAACCUCCCUCUCGACAUCCUCAGCCUGCUGCGGCCGCACCUGUCCCUCCCCCUCCGCCUUCCGCUGCGAAUCCCAGUUCGGCGGCGGCUGCUGCUCCUACGGCCAGACCUGCGUCUCCGGCGGCCGCUGCAUAAGCACGGUCUCCGCUUCCGUAACAUCAUCUGCCACGGGGGGACUGAAGCCCGCUGACCCGCAGUGUACGGCCACCACGCAGCACGCGUGCGACGACACGGCGGCGGGGUGCUGCGAUAACCUCAUGCACUGCACCGUCGUCAGCGGGACGGCCGGGUGCGCGGCGGGGAACCCGACGGCGACGGGGGAUGUGGGGUAUACCACCGUCCCCGAAGGCGGCAGCGGAGGGGGAGGGUUGUCGGCUGGAGCGAAGGCGGGCAUCGGGGUUGGCGUUGCUGUUGUGGGGUGUGCUCUCGCCGGCGCGCUCGCGUGGUUUUGUUUCGUGAGGAGGCGGCGGAGGGGGACUGUUACCGGGACGGCGACGAUGUCUGAGCGUAGCGGCGGCGGCGGGCGGAGCAGAGGAACGGGGGCAGGAAGGGGAGGGGUCUCUGGCGUCGGGAGCGAGAGGCCUAGUCGCGGGGUACGGGCUUUAUCGGACGUCACGUCCGGGUCCCGACCGAACGGGCCCAGUCGCGGCGCGACGCAGGAUUACUUUGGUCCGGAUGCCGUUGCGGGGCCGUAUACCGAGACAGACGAGACCGGGUUGUCUCCGGGCAGUGGUUCGGGAGCCGGAGCCGGAGCCGGAGGGGGAAGGGCGGGGACGCCUGGUCGAGGACGGGGCGUGCCGCUCCAAGCGCAUUCGCCCAAUGACGUUGUCGCGCCCGUGGAGAUUGGGGACUCCGGGGGUGAGAAGAGAGGCUACUGCUACGGUUACGGUCACGGCCACGGGUACGGCCACAGCGUGACUUCCGUGCCGGAGGAAGGGCGUGAAGGGGGCCCGAGGGAGAUGCAGACGCCCGGGUCCGAGGAGGAGACGACGCAGGGGCGGUACGAGUUGUACGGGUCCGAGAUGGCUUCGCCCGUGUCCGUUGGGGCGCCGCCCUCGUCGGUUGUGCCGACGCCGUCGAUGAUGACGCCGAGGAGUAUCGCGAGCGUGAGCAUGUUUGAUCGGUCACCGGGUCCCGCUCCCUCCGACAGGGAGAGGGAGAGAUAG